CUGCCUCCUAGUCCUCGUGGUGAAGUGCAACCAACAGCCAAUAUGCCGUCCGAUCAGAGCACCUGGCUCAUCGCCGUCCCCCAGGAUGGCGACGCAGAGGGUCUACUUCCAGAGAUCACCACUAAGCUAUCCCAACAAUCCAAGGCGUACUCCCGAGACACCAUCGCAGAGCUCGGCAUCCCCUCAUUCAAGACAGGAACGUUGGACUCCCUCAUCGCGCUUUCUGAGGAGCUUCCCAAGCAGGACACGUUCUUCACGUCCGUCGUCGCGAAGACGGUCGAUACCCUUCGGAACCUACUUAACAACGAUCCAUCCAAGCUCUCUCAGCACAUCCUCGUUAACGAGCGGGCGGUGGAUGAUUAUUUGUUUAAGGGCUGGAAAUGGAACGAAGGCAGGUACGGCGUGCAGAGAAGCCUGCGGGAGAUAGUCGAUCUCUUGAACAAGGAAGUAGCGUCUAUCGACAACGUCAUGAAGGCGAAGCUCAACAACUAUAACCUUGUUAAAGGCUCUUUGGUCCAGAUGCAACGCAAGAAAACCGGGAAUCUAUCUGUGCGUUCCCUCGUGGACAUCGUGUCCAAAGAACACAUCAUCAACGAAUCUGAAUACUUGGAUACUAUGAUAGUCGCUGUUCCGAAUAACCUCAACAAGGAGUGGAACUCCAAGUACGAGCGGCUGACAUCCAUGGUUGUCCCUCGAUCUUCGAUCUCAAUCACCUCAGACAGCGAAUAUACCCUCUAUAGCGUCGUGGUGUUCAAACGGGUGCGGGAUGAGUUCACGCAGAAAUGCAGAGAGAACAAAUUCAUUGUCCGAGAUUUCGUCUUUUCCGAAGAUGAAAUCGUGAAGCAGAAAGAGGAACUCGCCAUGGCUGACACCACAGAGAAGGAGCUCUGGACGGAACUUCUUAGGUUAUCGCGGACAAAUUUCUCUGAGUCGUUCCAGCUCCUCGUUCACCUGAAGGUAGUCAGACUAUUCGUCGAGUCGGUCCUACGAUAUGGUCUACCGUCCAACUAUGUUGGACUUGCAAUCAAGCCUGAACCCAAGACUACCAAGAAGGCGCUAGCAUUGCUCACGGAUCAUUUUGGCUACCUAAGUCCCCGCUCUGGGAGACCGAAAAAGGUGGCGGGUGGAAAUGAGGAUUUUGCUGGAGAAUACCAGACAUUGAUGGAGCAAGAGUACUACGACUUUGUAUUAUUCGAGGUCCCUUGGAUAGUCAACUAAGACGAACACGCAUGACUUUCGAAUUAGUCUAUUAUAAGAGCGAUAGCAAUAUGGCCAGCCCACUACUGUAGGAAUAUCAUUUGAUAUAAUAUACAGACGAGGAAGUACGGAAAUGAGGAAUCAUGGGGACUGUACCAGACCGUUGACGGGAAUUGCAG